AUGUCCCCACUCUCCUGUCCCCUGCCCUUCCCCCAACCCCACCAGGUUUACAGAAUGUUGCUACUUCAGAACAGCAGUGAGGUGAGAAACUCUCAAUUGAAAAAGGAACCUUGUCUUUCAGGGCAUAAGGCGAAGACUUCCGAGGUCGAUGCUUUCCCCCCAUGUCUCUGUGUACAUAGGGAACUUAGUUCUGGGCCAUGUACAGAAAAUACCACUGUAAUAUACCCAAAGGAAGUUAAUAAUGUAGAUUACCUUUUUAAUUAUUGCUAUUUUUAUUAUUGUUUUCCUCUUGUUGAAAGCACUGCAGUUGUUAGUUGUAUGAGUGAGAAAUGA